AUGGCUCAGGACAAGAGUCUCAACAAAGCGAUCACCAAAUCAAAAGACCUAGGCGUGAAAGACUCAAUCAACCUGAAACUGCUCCGGCUCGCUAAAGGCGACCCAGGCAUGCAAGACCUGAUUGAUCUUUGGUUGGAGAAGAACCAAACACGAUUGUACAACCCAUUCUUGGAACUCAUUAUCUUCAUCAGCGCGGUACCUCACUCUCUCCCCAACAUGAUGGAUGAUCCCGAGCUGAUGUUGGAUCCACAGGACAAUUUACAUCAGCAGCCACGUGACAUAUUGGAACAGCACUUACCACCGGGUUUCCUUGACAAUCAUGUCGACGCCAUUAGCAGUGUCAACUCUGCCGUCAAGAAGCAACUGAAUGAACCAACCCUCCCCAACAUACCAAACCUCGCCCAACUCUCGCGGUUAAUAUGGUGGCACUUGAAUCCCCAAAGGAGCGAGAAUGCCACUGAUCCACAGGUGGAUCACGCAGUUCGCGACCCAAUAAUUUGCGUCCGAUUUGCCUACCUCCGGUGGGCUACCCUAUUCAACUACUUCGAUCCGGCGUCUCGAAACAUUUCCCAGUGGCAUCAAAUUGACACCAGACUCAUUGCAAACAGCGAGCUGCCCGUCUCGUACACAAAUGCAUGGCAUCAACUCCUUGGCGCCCAAGAUGCCGCCUUGUUUGGCCACCAGCCUUCACUCGCCAACCUCGACCAAUCUGCUGUGCAAGUUUCAACCGAUGAAGAACCGCUUAGAGCCAAGCGGAUAUCCGACCCGCCGUCCCCCCGGUCUGUGUCCGAUGGUUCCCUCCCAGACGCCCCGGUGCCGAGCUAG